AUGUCUGACCUAGGAAAGUUGUCAUAUUUCUUAGAGAUGGAGUUCAAGGACACGGGUGAAAGAGUGUUUUUGCACCAGAAGAAGUAUGCUCAAGAUAUCUUGAAAAAGUUCAAGAUGAGCAACUGUAAUGCACCUGCCACGCCAUUAGAAAUUGGAGCAAAGUUGAAGAAGGAAACAAAUGAUGAGUUCUUAAGUGCAACAAUGUACAAACAAAUCAUUGGAUCCUUUAGGUAUAUAUUCAAGAGAGUGUUGAGAUACAUUAAAGUUACGAUUCAUCACGGUGUACUUAUGCCAAGACAAAAGAAGACCAUCACACAUGCAGAGGUACAUGGUUACACUUAUUCAAAUUUCAAUGGAGAUCAGGAUAAGAAUAAGAAUAUUGCAGGCUACAUAUUCAUGAUAGGAGGCACUCCAAUCUCUUGGAGCUCAAGGAAGAAAAGCAUUGUAGCUCUGUCAUCAUGUGAAGUUGAGUAUGUGGUUGCAUCCUAUGCAGCAUGUCAAGCAGUAUGGAUAUAA